UGAAUUCCGCUCAGAGUUGGAGGCAGGCAGGAGGCGGUGGGCAGGUGGUCCUACUGGGGAUGUGCUUUCGUGAGAGAGGAUUCUUCCCAGGGAUUGAAAACUGGAGCUAAGGACAGCUCUCCCGUUAGAGAUGAGAGCCCUUGGCAGAACGAAGGUGUCUGAGGGGAAAUUUCCCCUGAGCGUGGAAUUGGGCAAGGAUGAUUCAGGAGUCCAGAGGAUCAGUACAGGAAUGAAAUCUCCCAAGGAGUUAGGGACUGACAUGGGAUUAGGACAAGACUCCCAAUGGAGGGAGAGGCCUGGGGUUGGCAGUAAAUAUACGGAAAGGGGGGCCUUACCAGAAACAAAGUCUUUGGGCAAUGAGCUUGAAUUGCGGUUGAAAAGACAGACCCUCACAGAGAGGGGCAGUCUAGGGCUCAGUGGGGUCUCGGCUUUACAGGAAACAGAACCCCUGGGCAUGUCACCAGGGAGACGGGUGGCACUGGAGAAUGAGUGUUGUGUGGGACAGCCUCCCUCAGGCGUGGUGUGUGGAAGUCCACAGGCUGUGGACAGCAGAAAAGCUUCUGUGGCUGGUGGCCCUGAAGGAACAGAGCAGUCUGUUCUAGGCUUACAAGGAAGACCAGGGCUGGAAGAAGAAUCCACCUGCGUUGUGAUGAAAUCCAGCACAGAGGUGAAGCCUCCUGUGGAGGUGGACACUGGCCUACCCCAAACGGAGUCAGAUGUCACAGAGCCCCAGAUGGGCUUGGUCAUAGAACCUUCCCCGUGCCAGCUUGCUCAACCCCCUGAGGAGGCUGGCACUCCUCUUCCCCCAGUGGAACGUCCGGACUGCAUCAGACCCAUAUACUCUGGGAAGUUUGUGGAUCGGAUGCCUUGCUGGCCGACGGCAGGGAAAGUGUCUCCAGUUGGAUACAGAGUUGCAACUUGCUUAACUGAAAAACUUCCUAGGCUAAUUACUCCACCAGAGGCAAAAAAGUAUUUCAACUUCAGGUACCCACCUCCUGGGGCCGAGAGAAUAUUCUAUGGCAAAGCAAAUGAUCCCCGAAUUGCACCAUACUUGACACAUGGAAUAAGAUCUAAAAUUUCAAUACCGGUAAAUGCAUUGAUAAACCCACAGCCUAUCACCACAUUUCAACAGAAAAUUAGAGAUAAAAAAGAGUCUAUAUAUUAUAGCAAUCGGUGGGCACCAUUAGGAAAAUCUCAUGAUCAAACACCGGGAUUACCUAAAGGAAUGGACAUAAUCAAUACGACGUUUGGGACAGCAGUCAUCAGAGAGGUCUCCGCUAGAGAUGUAGUGAAUCCACCAAAGUCCUAUGAGGAAGUAUUUAAAGAAGGAGGAGAAGGACACGACUUGUAUGUCAUUUCUCACAAUGAUUAUUAUGCGGGAGAAGCAAAGAACAGAAAGUAUAACCCGAAAAGUUUCCACCGGUUUGACUUAUUUGGUGUCCCCACGCCACAUUGUAAUGACGGAAAAAACAUGGCAAAAAGUUUACAUUGGCUCCAUGAACUACAGAUGAAAAGAGGAGCUAAAAUUGUGUCCAAGAGAGUUGAUGAUUUUAAAGAAAAAUUUCAACAUAAACUUGGAAGAGUUUUAGAUCCCCUUGCAGAAACAAUGACUGUUCCCCAAGGCCACACAUUUGGAGCUUGUCUGUCUCCUGAGGAAUAUGGAGCUGACGAUCUCAUCUAUAACAGGCACCCAGGUGAAUAUCUUCGAGGAAAGACUAGACAGCGAGCCCUGGUUGCUGCAGUCCGACAUCACUUGAAGAAAUUUAAUUAUCAAAACUUUGACACUUUGCUGGCAGCCUUCAGGCACUAUGACAAGAAGGGAGACGGGAUGAUAGACAAAGCAGAGCUGCAGGAAGCUUGUGAUCAGGCCAAUGUGCAUUUAGAUGAGACCCUCCUCACCCAGCUGUUUGACUACUGUGAUGUGGAUGGCGAUGGCCUGAUUAACUACCUGGAAUUUGCAAAUUUUCUUACCUGGAAAGACAAUAUACCUCUUACAGAUUAUGAACAGAAGGUCAUUAUUAAAGGUAGAAAACCAGAUUGUGCAAACCCUGCUGAGGCUAACGUGAAAGAGUCUGAACCAACUCUUCUGAUAAAGCCUGAAGAUAUUGUCUUAAAAGAGCCAGGGAGCUCAGAGAAGGUUGUUCGGACGCUUCAGAGACCAAACGAUAAAGUGUCUCAUUUCUAUAAGACAAGCUCUUCUGAGAUCAGUUCGGUCGUGGGAGCUGUUCCUGCUAUCUGUUACCCCAUCCAUGGUGUUCCAACUGUUCGAGCUGAUAUUCCUGCUCCUCGGAUUCGUCGCGUCAGCGAUAGAACUAAUUAUGGUGAAGAAGGCAAUGCUUACUCUUUAUUACAUCCUACCAUCUUUGCGCAGAAAGGAGUGUUUGAAAGAGAUUUCUUCAAGAACAGAUCCAAAGAAGAGAUUACAGAGAUACUAUGUAACAUUGGCAUCAAACUUUCUGAAGAAGAAUUUGAAAAUGUGUGGAAUCUUGCAUCUAAAAAACAUCACAGAGGAGAAGUUUGUGUUGAGAAUAUCAGAAAUGUUCUAGAUGAACUACAGCAUGCAGACCGGAUCAAAUGUAAAAAUUCCAAGUGAUAUUUAUGGAAUUCAUGAAUUUAAAUAAAAGAAUU